AUGAUCUGGACCUUGGUUUUGUGUUUUACCAUCACAGACAUCAGUGAGGAAGGCCUUUCAGCGAAGGAAGGCUUGCUGCUUUGGGCUCAAUGCAAAACUGCGCCUUACAAAGAAGUUGAUGUACAAGACUUCUCCAUAAGUUGGUCGGAUGGGCUGGCGCUCUGUGCAUUAAUUCAUUGUCAUCGCCCCAAGCUCCUGGAUUACGACAAACUUGACAAGGCAUACGAAUGCAGUGUCAUGACCUAUAUUGCAAGCUAUUUCCAUGCCUUCUCAACGAUGGAUCAAGCCGAAACUGUUUCCAGACGUGUCGAAAAAUUUGCUGAGCUGAUGCAAUCUGUUUGGAUGAGCAGAAACGACUACAAGCGUUGA